AUUCAGCCAGGUAACCACGGUGAAAUGCACCUUACACUAGCACGUCUAAUUAACUGACAAAGAGUUCAUAAAGUCCUUCUCACAGGACUACACCACCCUCUUCUGGUAAAUAGGCGAAAAUUAAACUAUCACACUGUUUGUGAUUCAAGAUUAUCUUUCCAAAUAUAUCAAACAAACGUUAAAAUACCAAACAGGCGACUUAUGUAGGUUUGAACAAAACAUGCAGGUGUGUUUAGUGACCAUUUUAUCUACAAGGUAGUCCGCCCUCUUGCCCCAAACCCCUCCGCUUUGUUUACGUGGACGUCAUAAGUAUGCGCCGUUCAUAUGUUCGCAAUCAGGAAGCGACUCCUGCCUCUGCUCAGGCAUGUGUUUUUCCUCCUCUUCAUUUAUAUGUUGCUUUUAGGGUAUGAUUUAGGGUUAGUUUUACAGUAAUGAUGCUAAUAUGAGUUUCUAGCCACACGGUCGGGCUCUCUGUUUUUUUGAUCUACUCAAACCGAACACUUUUGCCACAAGAACUGCACAAAUAGCUGGACAUUUACAGAGGAAACUCAUAUGUUUUAAAAAAACAGGGUCAGUAGAGAGAGAGGAUAGCAGCUGACAGAAAUGGCAGAGGUGUGUGACAUGCAGCUGAAUGGAGUAUCAGAGGUGAUGGAGCUGCUUCACAUAGAUGUGGAGACUGAUGUGGUGGAGGACAAGCCUGGAAGAGAAGAUGCACUGUGUUCAAGGAAUGUGUUGAGGAAGCAGCGAAACUGGGAGAGGCAGCUCGCCGCAAAGAAGAGAAAAAGGAAAGAAGAGAAGCAGAGGAGGAAGAUAAACCGUGAGCAAGAGUCAGGUGCCUGUGCUGACAGUCCUCUGUUUACCAAACGGGUCAUGAAGGCGAUCACCAAAGAGCGUUUAGCUGAGGCCCAGUCCACAGGGCUCAAACUCUGUGUUGAUCUGAGUAUGACUGACUGCAUGUCUGACAAGGAGAUAAGCCGGCUGGCUGCCCAGUUAAGAAGGCUGUACGGGUCAAACAAGAAGGCAACUCGACCGUUCCACCUGUUCCUGACAGACCUGAGAGAGGACAGCCGUCUCUACAGAGAGUGCAUACGAAUGAAUGACGGCUUCCUCAACUACAUGAUGGACAUAACAGAGGACAGCUGUCUGGACCUUUUUUCCACAGAAGCGAUCAUCUAUCUCUCUCCAGAUGCUGAGGAAGCUUUGGAAACAGUGGAUGCUGACAAGGUGUACAUCCUCGGGGGCCUUGUGGAUGAAAGCAUCCAGAAGAAGCUGAGCUUCUCACGGGCCAGAGAACUGAGCAUCCGCACGGCGAGAUUGCCCAUAGACGAGUACAUGGUGAAGAAAAACAACACCAAGAAUUUUCACUCAAAAAUCCUGGCAAUUAAUCAGGUGUUCGACAUCUUAUUGACUUUCUGUGAUACGGGCAGCUGGACAGAAGCCCUGCAGACAUGGUUCCCCCAGGGGAAGGGUUACAUCAUCGCACCAGAUGAUUCAUCACCACUUCCUGCAACACAGACUUUGGAUUAAUGGCGAUACUUUCAUUUCAUGCUUACAACAGAAGCUCAUAUGGAUGGACAAUAAAAAAAAAGACAGUAUGUGUUAAUUACCUCACUGCCUUGUGAAGGAAAGGUAGCACACUGUUGGUCAACAUGUUCUUUACACUGAAACCAAAUAAUGUUAUAUUUUGGUGCUGCAGAUGAUUAUUACUUCUCAUCUGACUAUGACUUAAGGAAUUUAUAUGAACAAAAAGAAGCUUUGGUGACACUUUCUCAGGAGGUAUUUUGGUCAGAUCCCUGAGGUUUUGUGCUCAUGUUGAAGUAAAAUAACGAUGAAAUUACUAGUUUCCAAUGUGCCUUACUGUAGAAAAUAAGUUCAGAAAACACUAUUUUUUAACUCAUCACUUCUUCACUUUCUACAUAAACCCUUGACAUCAAACCAUCUUAUGAUUCACUAUUCAUUUUAAGUGACUGUCACAUACUCUCAGUAUGGCUCAUCGCAAAGAAUGAAUUUUGCAACUGCAACUGAAAAUGUUAAUGUUUUUCCCCUGCUGAUGAUGCAGGUGUGAAUCAGCAACAACCUGCAUCACCUCUCCACUACACUGGAAAAGUCUCAGAGAGUUACUCUCUCGUCCUUUCUCUCGUUUUAUGUCUUGGCACUGUAGUGAACCUUUCCCUGAGAGCUCUUUGUGACUUAUAUGAUUUAUAAGAGGCAGAAUGUGGUGGAGUAUGUUUAUUAAAUCUUGUCUUAUCUUUUCACAGCAUUGCCACACUUUCAUACACUGUUAAUGUGUGUGCUACAAUAACACUUCAGCUUGAUAACCCAUAACUUUGAGGGUUUUUUUUUGAGGGUUUUGGUUCCUGUUUAAGCACAGCCUGAGCUCUUAAAAUCUGAGCCAUCUUUCAGCUUCAAAGCUGGUUUUGGCAGAGAAACCAGAGAUUAGUAUCUCUGUAGUAACUUAAUUUGUCCUUUCUGUCAUUUUAUGCAUAAUUUUAUAGUUUAAAAUUCUUAAUGUAAUUGUCGUAAUUUCUCAAAAUCACUGAAUCACCCUAUUGCCCUGCACUCAUCUUUUUUUCUCCUUGUCUUUCUGUAAACAUGAUUAACAACUUAGGGCUAUUUAAAAUGCAGCCAUCUCUAUCUCAACCAGAAGACCGGAAAAUUAAAUUGGCAUGCUGCUCUACUUCUCAAACAUCUCCACUGGCUAUCUGUCAAAAGCCAAAACAGAUUUUAAGAUUUUAAUCCCUCUAUCUUAAACCUGCCUGGCCGUGAGUUUUCUUUCACUGGAUAUACACAACAGGUUUCUCAGGACACAGGACCACUGUCUCUUUUGAAUUCCUAGAUUUUAAUCAACAUCUGGUGAUAUAGCGUUACAGCACUACAACAGCCUGUCCGCUGAUAUGAGGUUCACGCAGGGAUAAACUCGAGGAAGUUUUGCUGAGUUUUUACUCUUUUCCCAUUUUCUUUUGCUAACAGUUGUAUGUGUUUAUGUAUUUGUAUGAAUCCAGGUUUUAACUUGUUUUUAUCAAUUGUUUUUGAAUGGUAUUGGUAUUAUGCUCCAAAAAUAAAUGUGAAAUCAAAACUCUUGUGUAAACCGAAUGUAAACGAGGGAUUGUGAGAAUGUGUGGGGUAAAAGCAACCCUGUAAUGCUUUAAGAAAUGAAAACCUUUG